GUGCACCGUGUCAACAUGAGUACGAGCAAUGAGGAGCCCGCGAAAUCUAAGAAUGCACCGCGGCGCAGCGCGCGCGUUCUGGCAUCGCAGCAGCGGAGGGACGCUAUGGAUAUGUUCGGAUCGUCGAAGCCACGCAUGCAGAAGAGCGACGAUCUAGAAGUCACGGGUAUCUCCCGCAGUGGUCGUGUAAGGAAGAAAUCGUCUAAACUCGUCGACUUUGAGUCGCCUGAUGAUCUUACGGAGAAUAAACUCAAGCGACAAAAAGUACAGUUACAAACCCAACAACUUCUGGAGCAAUAUGAAGUACAACAGCAGCAGCAGCAGCAACAGUUGCCGGUUCACUCUGGCCAGACGGGAAGUGGUGGACGACAAAGAAAAAGUUCAGAUGCCAAUCAUGCGCAACAAAGGGCCAAGACGGAAACUCUGUCCGAUAACGAGGCACACUCAUCUGAUUCUGAAUCCGACGAUCCCUCUGGAAUAAACGAGGAUGAGAGAUAUAGUAUGGAUUCUGGAAGUGACAAUGAAGUAGACCCUCUCAUGAUCGACGACAGAGAGACGGGAUUCAGGAAGCUAGAACCACCAUCAGGUCAGGAAAGCUCACAAGCGAAUAGUUUAUAUAUGCUUGAAAAAUGUAAGAAAAAGUUAAUUAUUAAGGAUGGGAAAAUUAUAGGCAAGAUGAAGGCUCAGCGCAAGGAUAAAGGGAAAACGAGGUUUACCGCUUACAUGCUAUGGGCAAAGAAAAUUAGGCAAGAACUGUUAGAACAGUCUCCUUAUAUGGAUUUUGCGGCAAUUUCUAAGCGGUUAGGAGAGCUGUGGGCUACAGUACCACAUCUGGAAAAAUAUAAUUGGCGCAGACGUGCAAAGCGCUUGGCAGCAAAGCCUUAUUCUUUACCAGCGAGUAAAGACGAGUCUAUCUGGAAAAUGCCACCACCCGCCUCGCGAAAAAAAUUUAUUAAUAAAAUUGGUAAUGGGAAAGAAACAAAACCCGCGUCUGCGAAAAAGACGAUUCAACUCGGUGUACCGUCUGUCGUCGGAAACGAUCCAAUCUCGUCGCCGUCGAACCGCAUCGGCAAAGAUCUGGUCAAUGAGCCGGUGAUAGGUACGGGAAUGUACAAGAUCGUCGGGACCCAACCGAUCGAUGUGGCGGCUCAUCUCAAACUGCUUGGUGAGAGCUUGACGAUCAUUGGAGAACGUUUGAAGGAACACGACGGUCAGAUCGCCGUUUCCGGCAGCCUCUCGGUUCUCAUGGACUCGCUGCUGUGUGCCUUAGGUCCAUUGAUUUGUUUAACGCAACAAGUACCGGAAACUAAUGGGGCUAAGCCCGAGACGCUCUCUCAAAUGCUCGAUAACGUUGCUUACCUUAUGCCCGGUCUAUAAUGUAUAAUGUAUAGUACACGAAGUCGUCUACAGCGAUGUAAAUAUAUGUAUCAAGUUACACGUGUAAAAUUAGGUAGAUUACGAGCGUGAAAACAAAAAUGUCAUUUAUUUUCAACAAAUUUGAAAAGAAAUCUUUGUUGUAUUUUAAUGACAUAAUUACAUCUUGAUGAGACAUCUUAAUGA